AUGCCUGAGAAUACAUGGAAGGACACAUUUGGCUCUGUUGGUUGUUUCUUAUUUGGAGGGUGGGAGGAUUCUGACUCAUUUGAAGAUACAAUAGAAGCUGUAACAUCUCAUACUGACAAAAUAACUUCAAGUGUUCCCUACAGAAAGCGAAUGAAAUGCCCACGAAACCGGCAGCAAAUUCCCGCCCCGGGCGAUCGCUGCCCCCGCCCUUCCCGGCGGCCAAGGGGCCAGAGCGGCGGCUCCCGGUUCCCGGUUCCCAGCUCCCGGCUCCCGGUUCCCGGCUCCUGGUUCCCAGCUCCCGGCUCCCGGUUCCUGGUUCCCAGCUCCCGGUUCCCGUGGCCUUCCAGUGUUAGGUUUCCACAGAUAAAUGUGCUGAGCGCUGAUCAGCUGUCCUUUGAAAAUGCUAUUGAAGAGGAGGGAGGCGACCCAGACAACAUUGAAAUAACUGUUUCGGCCGACACACCCACCAAGAAACCAACUAAAGGCAAAGGUAAAAAGCAGGAAGUUGAUGAAUUAACUGGUGAUGCUUCAGUUGAAGAUGAUUCCUUUGUCAAGGUAAUAAAAGAAUGUGAGUUGGAGACUCAAGAUGCAAGUGAUCAAGAUGGAAAUGAUGAAUUAAAAGACUUUAAAGAAUCUGCAGAAGAUGAGAACUUGAAUUCCAAAGAACUAACACCUGCAAAAAAGAAAAAAUACCAUGACCUGGAGCCAGCAGAGACAACAGAAGGUGCAGAAAAGGAUUCUGAAAGUCAGGAAAAUGAAGGUCAAGACAUAGAAGAUUACACUUUUCCAACUGUCCAUGAUGGUGAAGAUGAAGAAAAUGAGAAAGAUAAAGCAGGUUCUGGUGAUGGUACACAAGAAGUAUCUAAACCUCUUCCUUCAGAAGAAAGCCUAGCUGAGGCUGAUCACACGGCUCACGAAGAGAUGGAAGCUAACACGUCUGUGAAAGAAGCUGAGGAUGAUAACAUAUCGGUUACAAUCCAGGCUGAAGAUGCCAUCACUCUGGAUUUUGAUGGUGAUGACCUCCUAGAAACAGGUAAAAAUGUGAAAAUUACAGAUUCUGAAGCAAGUAAGCCAAAGAAUGGGCAGGAUACCAUUUCACAGAGCCUGGAGAAGGAAAGCAAGGACUAUGAGAUGACUGAGAACCAUAAAGAUGGUAAGAAGGAAGACUGCGUGAAGGGUGAUCCCGUCAAGAAGGAAGCCAGAGAAAGUUCAAAGAAAGCAGAAUCUGGAGACAAAGAAAAGGAUACUUUGAAGAAAGGUCCCUCGUCUACUGGGGCCUCUGGUCAAGCAAAGAGCUCUACUAAGGAAUCUAAAGAAAGCAAGACAACAUCAAAGGAUGAUAAAGGAAGUGCAAGCAGUGUUAGUGGUAGCAGUGGAAGUUCAACUAGAAACCUGUGGGUUAGCGGACUGUCUUCCAACACAAAAGCUGCUGACUUGAAAAAUCUCUUUGGCAAAUAUGGAAAGGUGCUUGGUGCCAAGGUGGUCACAAAUGCACGAAGCCCAGGGGCAAAAUGUUAUGGCAUAGUAACAAUGUCUUCUAGUACAGAAGUGGCUAGAUGUAUUGCACACCUUCAUCGAACAGAGCUGCAUGGACAACAAAUUUCUGUUGAGAAAGUGAAAGGCGAUCCCUCUAAGAAGGAAUUGAAGAAGGAAAGUGAUGAGAAAUCUGGUUCGAGCAGAAGCACAGGAGAUAAGAAGUCUGCAUCAAGUGAUAAAGCCAGCAAAACUCCAUCAACCAAAAAAGAAGAGAAGAAAUCUGAGAAAUCUGAAAAAAAAGAAAGUAAAGAAGCCAAGAAAACAGAAGGUAAAGAUGAGAAGAGUGAUAAUGGAGCAAGUGGCCCUAAUCAAGAAUCCACUAAAAAAACUGAAGAAAAGAAAAGAAUAAGUGGUAAAAGCCCAGGUCAAGUUGUAGUUUUAGACCAAACAAAAGGAGACCAAGGCCACACUAGAACAGUUAGAAGGGGAAGAUUUGAUAAACCACAGAUAUUGAGGAACAAAGAACGUAUUAUUCAAGAAAAAGUGAAAUUCAGGGAAUACAGGGGUAGAAAGGAUAUCUUGCCUUUUGAAAAGAUGAAGGAACAGAGAUUGCGAGAACACAUGGUUCGGUUGGAAAGAAUACGACGAGCUGUUGAACUCCGAAGGCGAAGAGAAAUUGCGGAGCGGGAGCGCCGGGAGCGCAUACGGAUAAUGCACGAGCGGGAGGAGUGUCUGCAGAGGGAAAGGGAGCGCUUAGAGAUCGAAAGGCAAAAGCUGGAGAGGGAAAGGAUGGAAAGGGAGCGUUUGGAAAGAGAGCGUGUUCGUAUUGAACAGGAACGUCGAAAAGAAGCGGAGCGUAUUGCUCGUGAAAGAGAGGAGCUUCGGCGGCAGCAGCAGCAACUGCGUUAUGAACAGGAAAAGAGGAAUUCUUUGAAACGUCCACGUGAUGUAGAUCACAGGAGAGAUGACCCUUACUGGAAUGAGAAUAAGAAGAUGGCUCUUGAUACAGAUGCACGUUUCCAUGGCUCAGAUUACAGUCGCCAGCAGAACAGGUUUAAUGAUUUUGAUCACAGAGAACGGGGACGAUAUCCAGAAGGUUCUUCUGUCCCAUCAUCAUCUUUUGAUAGGAGAGAACGUUUUGUAAAUCAAGGUGAAGUGAAAAAGACUCGCCCAACAGCACGAAGAGAAGAGCCAGGGUUUGAGAGAUACCCAAAGAAUUUCAGUGAGUCCAGAAGAAAUGAACCACCACAACCAAGAAGUGAACUUCGAGACACAGACAGACGAGAAGUGCGAGGAGACAGAGAUGAAAGGAGAACAGUGAUAAUUCAUGAUAGACCUGAAAUACCACACGGGCGACAUCCAAGAGAGACUGGUUCAAAUCCACCUAGGCCAACAAACUGGAAGGGCGAGGGAAGCAUAAGCACAGACAAACGAGAUGGCAGUAAUUUCCACAGAGGCGAGAGGCCGGAUCGAUCAGGAAGAGAAGUGUCUGGACACGUGAGAGGUGCACCCCCUGGUAGCAGGAGCAGUGCUUCUGGGUAUGGAAGCAGGGAAGGAGAGCGAGGAGUGAUGGGAGAAAGAGGUGGAGGACAACACUAUAAUGAGGACAGACACGUUGUUGAACGCCACAGUCGUGAAACUGGACCAAGAAAAGAAUGGCAUGGACCUAGUUCUCAAGGAAGUGGGUAUCAUGAUGCAAGGAGAAUGGGAGACGGCCGGGGAGGAGGUGGCAUGAUGUCUCCACACACAAGUAACUCUUCACCAAUUAAUAGAGUUGUACAGAUCACAGGCAAUUCCAUGCAGAGGGGAAGUGGCUCAGGAUUUAAGCCAUUUAAAGGUGGACCUCCACGAAGAUUCUAAGAUCUACAGCUGCUUGGUUUCAAGAUAACUUAUUGAAAUCUCUUGUAAACUUUCUCUGAUUAAAAACAGGAAAUCUUGUCUGGAAGUCCUGGUUAAAUUUUUUUAAUUUAACACGAUUACUUUCCUCUCAAUUUUGGAGGCAUUUUAAUAGUUACGUUGUAAUUUUUGGAUAGUUUUUGUGUAUCUUUGAUAAGCAUUUUCCCUGAGGCACUAGAGCUGUGUAAAAAAACAAAUUGGAACCAAAAUAUUUGUUAAUCCUGUAUAAAAGAAUAGUUUGCAGCUGUGUGCUAGUAGUUUGAUUUUUCAACAUUAGCUCUGUGGUGUCAUGCUUUAAAGUUAGCUACUAAUCACAACAUACACAACUAUAACCUCCAUUUUGAAGGUUGUCCAGGCUAUUAUCUCUGCUUUCUAAUUUGUAGAAAAAUAAGAUUGUUCUUUCAUUACUGGGUAUUAUGUAACCUAUUUUUGCAGAAGGUACUGUUACAUCGAGUGCAUUUAUGUGUAUUCUUGCAAAUGUAUUCUUUUGAAAUAAACCUUCAUAUUCUG